UUAUAAGAGAGAGAGAGUCGGCGACGCCAAUGAUACAGCGAAAUUCAACGUCCUAAAUCCCCGCGUUCGAAAAGCGAAGAAAAACAUUCGGGCCGGUUCAUCGCCAUUUCGGAUCACCUGUUUUCCGGUUUAUCUGUCUGUAUUUAUCGGGUUCGGAUAUUUAAUUCAAUAAAUCACCGAUUCCACGCGUUUUCUUCUCUCCUCGUCGAUAUUAGCUUGUACUUGCAGAGAUACCACCAAGCUCUCUCUCUCUACAUAUAUAUAUUUCUAUAUUCAUUCCGAUUUCUCUUUCUCUAUCUAUUCUGCUCUCUAUGUAUAUGUAGUUUACAACUUUACACACGGCAAAUACAUAUAAUAUAUAUAUCUAUAUUAUCUAUCAUACUGAUUGAACCAAGUUUGAUUGGUCUACAGAGACGAAUUGUACUAAAUUUUGUUUGGGUUUCUUCUAUUUGAAAUGAUUGAGAAAUGGGGAUUCAAUUGUUUCAAGCUUCGAAUAGUGAUGCUGGCGAUGUUAUAUAUUUUUCAUCACAAUCUGAGUCUAUGUUGGUCUCUCAACGCCGAAGGGUUGGCGUUGUUGAGGUUUCGAGACGGAGUGGUGAGAGAUCCAUUCGGUGCUCUGUCGAACUGGGAUGAUCGUGACGGUGAUAUUGAUCCAUGUUCUUGGUUCGGAGUCGAGUGCUCGGACGGAAAAGUUGUAAUCUUGAAUUUGAAAGAUCUUUGUCUUGGAGGAACGCUUGCACCCGAACUUGGGAUGCUAACUUACAUAAAAUCUAUCAUUUUACGGAACAAUUCUUUUACUGGAAAGAUUCCUGAAGAGAUUGGAGGAUUGAAGGAGUUGGAGGUGUUGGACUUGGGAUACAAUAACUUCAGCGGACCAUUUCCAUCUGAUCUUGGCAAUAACCUGUCCCUAUCAAUUCUUUUAUUGGACAACAACAACCUUUUUGGCAGCAUAUCUCCUGAAAUUUAUAAGCUUAUGAUGCUUUCCGAAAUUCAAGUGGAUGAGGGCCUGCUGACUAGGGCUACUUUAGGUUUAGGUUAUAGUUGCAAUAGCAGAUCUAGUACAUGGAAAACUGCUCAACUUGGAGACGAAGCUCAGCGGAGGCUGCUGCAGGUGAAAGAUACCCAAAAUUCACCAAGAGUUGAAAAGAAGAGAGAUAAUAAAAGGAAUUCCGUUUCCUCUCCAUCACCAUCACCUUCUUUGUCGCCGUUGCCGUCGCCGUCACCGUCACCUUCAAUGUCACCUUCAUUGUCACCCUCAGAUUCGCCAAUACCAUCUUUACCAUUUCCCCCAUCAACAUCUAUAUCAUUUCCACCAGAAUCUACAUCUCCUUCCCCAUCAGACGCUUUGCCCCCUUCACCUUCACCUAUACUACCUCCAAGUCCAGCUUCAGAAUCCCCAGCGUAUCCACCAACUGUUGUUUCUAAACCACCAGGAUCCCAUAUUGCUCCAUUCCCUUUCCCUGCUUCAACUCCUAGUGCAAGCACCAAAAAGAGUUCCAAGUUGAAAGUUAUGAUGUGGUCUGGGCUUAUAGGGGGUUCUUUGUUCAUAUUUGUUUCAGCCAUUGGUAUUGUCUUCUGUCGAAACAGCAAGGUGGUUACUGUCAAACCAUGGGCAACAGGGUUAAGUGGCCAGCUGCAGAAAGCAUUUGUAACAGGUGUACCAAAGCUGCAGCUAUCAGAACUUCAAACAGCUUGUGAAGAUUUCAGUAACAUAAUUGGCUCUUUAUCAGAUGGCACAGUGUACAAAGGGACUCUUUCAAGUGGAGUUGAAAUAGCAGUGACAUCUACAGCAGUGAAGUCAGCUGAAGACUGGUCAAAGAAUUUAGAAACACAGUUCAGAAAGAAGAUAGGCACACUAUCAAAAGUUAACCACAAGAACUUUGUUAACCUUAUUGGAUAUUGCGAAGAAGAAAAGCCUUUCACAAGAAUGAUGGUUUUCGAGUAUGCUCCAAAUGGGACGCUGUUUGAGCAUCUACACAUAAAAGAAGCAGAGCACUUGGAUUGGGCGAUGCGGCUUAGAAUUUCUAUGGGCAUGGCAUACUGUCUUGAGUAUCUGCACCAGCUCACCCCACCCAUAGCCCACAGAAAUCUGCAAUCAUCCUCUAUACAUCUGACUGAAGACUAUGCAGCCAAAAUAUCAGAAUUUAGUUUCUGGAACGAGGUAACUGCAGCAAAGAUGGGAUCAGCUACCAUGGAGCUCCUGGAGACCCAAUCAGCAGAUCCAGAAAGCAACGUGUACAGCUUCGGGGUAAUUUUGUUUGAAAUGAUAACGGGUAGAUUUCCAUACUCUGUGGAUAAUGGCUCUCUCGUGGACUGGGCAUCAGAGUACUUGAGGGUGGAACAACCCUCAAGAGAAAUGGUAGACCCAACGUUAAAAUCUUUCCCAGAGGAAGAGUUUGAUAAAUUGUUUGAAGUGGUAAAAGAUUGUGUCAAUCCUGACCCGAUACACAGACCAACAAUGAGAGAGGUCACAGCUAGGCUGAAAGAGAUUACUUCAAUGGGUCCUGAUGGAGCAACGCCAAAAUUAUCUCCUCUCUGGUGGGCUGAACUUGAGAUUUUGUCAACAGAAGCAUACUAAAGAGAUACCCUAUGCAAAAUAAAUGGUCACAUUUUGUUCUUUCCCUUAACCUCUUUUCCUCGUGUAUUAUUACAAUUCUUUUCUUUUUUUUUUUUUUUUUUUAGAUUUAUUAUUUUUAAUCUGAUUCUGUUGGGUUAAACCCAGUAGCGUGGAGAGCAUAGAUGCUUAUAUAUAUAUAUAUAUAUAUAUAUAUAUUUGGGUUUGAAGCUGCUUUUAUCUACAGGGUUUUGGAAUUUUUUAUUUUUUAUUUUUAUUUUUUUUGUUUUUUUUUUAUUAUUAUUAUUUUUUGUAUAUAACUGAAAAGGAAGGCCUGCUGGAUAUAUACAUAUUUUUAUUUUGUUGUGUUGUGCCAUGGACUAGAGAUUUGGCAUAUGAGAACGCACUUGUGAAAUCAAUACAUAUUCAGAUUUUUAAUA